AUGGCUAAAGCAAAGCCGUCGCAUUCGUCGUCUGUAUCCAUGGGUCUCUUCGACCUCAAUCAAGACGUGCUCUUCGACAUCAUUUCUCAUCUGCCCACCCGCGAUGCACUCGCGUUCUCGCUCACGGCCCGUAGGCUUUGUGAUAUCAGCAGACAGCACGCACUUUCCGAUGUUUCCAUCCGCGGCUCACAAAGGCUAGCCAAGUUUCGCGCGUUCAUCUUGGCGGGGCACGACGCCAGACUGCAAUGGCUACGCAAGCUCUCAGUGAGUUGUUCGUACGCUACCGAUGACAUUCACCAAUCGGCCCAAAAUAUCGCAUUUAUCCUUGCACAAGCUACUUCCUUAGUCGAUCUCUCUGUCGAUCCGCUUGAGUUGCUACUCCAGUACGAAUUUCGCGUUGGCACAGCACUGGCAGCCCUGUCUGGCCUGCGCCGGUUGCAGCUGUUCUCUCUGGGAGAUAUGUCAUUUCAGAUGCUCCAGAAACUUCAAAGCGAUCCUAUAUCUCUAAGUUUCUCAACCCGGUCGACGAUGGUCACCUGUGCAGACUUGCUCAGUCAACUCAAGGCCUUCCAGCGUGUUGAGUGCCUUGAGCUAGAGCUGCUUAGCCGGGUACCUAGUCGCCUUCAUGCACACAACGCGCCGCUUGAAUGGCCAUCCGUACGUCAAUUGUUCGUGUCGCCCUGCGAAGCGUCGAUUGAGUUUCUUGCCGCCGCAUUCCCGAACGUGCGCGCGCUUCAUCUACGCGACCUUUUCAUCCAGAAUAUCAAGAAUAACCAGUCAACGGCGGGGUGGCAGAAUCUCGAUUAUCUGGAAGUGCACGCCUUGUUAUUUCAACACUGGCGUAUCAGCUUCCCGAUUCACUACGUCUCUAUCCACUCGGUCCUCGCUAUUCCUUUAGAGCUCUCGUUGGCCGGGCCAGGACGCUAUUCUGAUGCAGACUUGGCAAACACGCUGGAUGUGGCGCAUAACGCGUCGCCGCGCGUGAUCGCUCUGAGCAUCAUGGCAUAUCAGAAGCUGGUGAACACAUUUUGGACUAGUCUUGUAAAGUCAGCACCCCGUCUGCGCUGUAUCGAGGUGGAAUUGUGCGAAUGUCACGCCAAGAAAGAUUUUGGGUCCCAGCUUCGGACGUUGAUCGAAACACUUGCGCCGGUAUUUGCCUCGCUGAGGAACCUGACGCAUAUCCAAAUCUGUGUCAACUCUGGUUUCCAGGAGUUUAUGUCUAUUGGCGGGGCGCGCGAAUUACGUUUGGCACUUGCGCCGAGUCCUGGCAUUGCGAGGGAUUUGGCGAAUAUCUUGAUAGCACAGAUUCCAACGCUGCGUCUCGUGUCUGUCGGAUUUGGAGUCAGAGAGCGACGCCAGAAUUGGGAUGCACUGCCAUUCGAUGGGGACUUUUGGUGGUGGAAGGUGGUGUCAGAAGGAGAUCAGCGAGCUGCACAGGAGGUUGACACGUCGCUUGGAGAGCUAUUCCGGGCGCAAUAUUGCUCGACUCAGUAUGACCCGACAUCCGAAGGCGAGUCCGUUGGUUGA